AGUGAAUGAGUCUCCUGCAGGAAUCAUACAGCAAAAGCUGUUCCGCAGUUUUGGGAAAAAUUGGUAGAGCGCGCUCUUGAGGAAGGCUGUGCGCGCGCGCGAGCAAGAAGGCGAAGGAAAAAAAUAAGCCAAAGGCAGGGCAACGCGAAGUGUGAAAGGAGCUUGUCUGCACCAUCACGGGACUGGCUACCGACGGGCUAAGGACGGGUUGGUUGACAAGCCGCCAACGACAGGAUAAAGUGAAAACAGGGAAGGAGGGUCGAGGCCGAGUAGGCCCGCCUGCCGUCGGGUUUUCUUACUAUUUAACGAAUCUGCCUAGGGGAGGGGUCCCGUGGGGGCUGCAUUGCUGCCGAGUUGUCCGUUGGGAUUGAGGUGAAUGUGCAAAAGUGUGGCCCCCUCUGACCGCGCCAUCUUGGUUAAGUCCGUGUGCGGUCCUAGGAACUGGGUGAGUCGCGGUACCCCCCUCCCGUUUCUUGUUACUUUGGUGUCCCGUUUCGGCGGCGGGUAAUUGGUCAGGUGUUUGGUGUCUUCCUUCUUGUUUUGACAGAAUUUGGCCCAAUGCUUGACGUGCUAAAAGGUGUGAAGCUCGACAUCCUGUAUAACAUGGGUUGUUUUGCAAAAAAGGAAUAAUUGAUCAUAUGGAAGGCUGUGGAGUCUCAAGGGAAUGGAAUUCCUGAGUAUCCGCUGAAGAGCCAUAAUUCCUACAGAUGAAUGAGGGGCUGAGAAGGCAGUGUAAACCCAGAUAGUCUGACGGCUAACUACUCAGUAGGAUGCCGUCGACCAGCAGAGCAGGAAGUUUAAAAGACCCAGAAAUAUCAGAGCUCUUCUUCAAGGAAGAUCCUGAAAAACUCUUCACAGACUUGCGAGAGAUUGGCCAUGGAAGUUUUGGAGCAGUAUACUUUGCCAGAGAUGUGCGAACCAAUGAAGUGGUCGCUAUCAAGAAGAUGUCAUAUAGUGGCAAGCAGUCUAAUGAGAAGUGGCAAGAUAUUAUCAAAGAAGUUAAGUUCCUGCAAAGAAUAAGGCAUCCAAACAGUAUAGAAUAUAAAGGUUGUUACCUUCGAGAGCACACGGCAUGGCUUGUAAUGGAAUAUUGUUUAGGCUCUGCAUCAGACCUGUUGGAGGUACACAAAAAACCUUUGCAAGAGGUUGAAAUUGCUGCAAUUACCCAUGGAGCCCUCCAGGGAUUAGCAUAUUUGCAUUCCCACAACUUAAUCCAUCGAGAUAUUAAGGCAGGUAAUAUCCUAUUAACGGAGCCAGGUCAAGUGAAGCUUGCAGAUUUUGGAUCAGCUUCCAUAGUAUCACCUGCUAACUCAUUUGUGGGAACACCAUACUGGAUGGCUCCAGAAGUAAUCCUAGCCAUGGAUGAAGGGCAGUAUGAUGGGAAAGUAGAUGUAUGGUCACUUGGAAUCACAUGCAUCGAAUUAGCUGAGAGAAAGCCUCCUUUGUUUAAUAUGAAUGCAAUGAGUGCCUUAUAUCACAUAGCACAGAAUGAAUCUCCUACACUGCAGUCUAAUGAGUGGUCGGACUAUUUCCGUAAUUUUGUAGACUCUUGCCUUCAGAAGAUUCCACAGGACAGACCAACAUCAGAUGAACUUUUGGAGCAUGCUUUUGUUAUCAAGGAGCGUCCUGAAACAGUAUUAAUAGAUCUAAUACAAAGAACAAAGGAUGCUGUGAGAGAACUGGACAAUCUGCAGUAUCGAAAGAUGAAGAAAAUACUUUUUCAAGAAGCUCACAAUGGACCAGCAAUUGAAGCCCAAGAAGAGGAGGAGGAACAGGAGCAUGGUGUCGGUCGGACGGGGACUGUGAACAGUAUUGGCAGCAACCAGUCAAUACCCAGUAUGUCUAUUAGUGCCAGUAGUCAAAGCAGUAGUGUCAACAGUCUUCCAGAGGCCUCUGAUGAUAAGAGUGAUCUUGAUAUGAUGGAAGGAGACCACACUGUGAUGUCUAAUAGCUCUGUCAUCCACCUCAAGCCAGAGGAUGAAUAUAGAGAAGAGGCUGAUCCCAGGGCAAGAGCAUCAGAGCCACAGUCUCCGCCACAGGUGUCAAGACACAAAUCACAUUACCGCAAUAGAGAGCACUUUGCUACUAUACGCACAGCAUCUUUGGUCACCAAGCAGAUUGAGGCACAUAAACAGGACUCUGAUGUGAGGGAACAAAUGUCUGGAUACAAACGCAUGCGAAGGCAACACCAAAAGCAGUUGAUGGCACUGGAGAACAAGCUAAAGGCAGAAAUGGAUGAACAUCGCCUGCGACUUGAUAAAGACUUAGAAACACAACGCAACACUUUUGCAGCAGAGAUGGAGAAAUUGAUUAAGAAGCAUCAAGUUGUUGUUGAGAAAGAGGCUAAAUUGAUUGCAAAUGAAGAGAAGAAGUUCAAUCAACAUAUUCAGGCACAACAAAAGAAAGAGUUGAAUAGCUUCCUAGAGUCUCAGAAACGGGAGUACAAACUGCGAAAGGAACAACUAAAAGAGGAGCUGAAUGAAAACCAGAGCACACCAAAGAAAGAAAAGCAGGAGUGGUUGUCAAAGCAGAAAGAGAACUUCCAGCAUUUCCAGGCUGAAGAAGAAGCCAACUUGCUAAGGAGGCAACGGCAGUACUUGGAUUUAGAGUGUCGCCGUUUCAAACGGAGAAUGUUGCUUGCACGCCACAAUCUAGAACAAGACUUGGUUAGAGAGGAACUGAACAAGAGGCAAACACAGAAAGACCUUGAGCAUGCCAUGCUACUUCGUCAGCAUGAAUCCAUGCAAGAGCUGGAGUUUCGUCAUCUUGACACCAUUCAGAAAAUGCGCUGUGAACUUAUUCGCCUUCAGCAUCAAACUGAGCUGACCAACCAGAUGGAGUAUAACAAGCGUCGGGAACGGGAGUUAAGGCGCAAACAUGUCAUGGAGGUUCGGCAGCAACCCAAGAGUCUCAAGUCAAAAGAGCUGCAAAUUAAGAAGCAGUUCCAAGAUACUUGCAAGAUCCAGACCAGACAGUAUAAGGCAUUAAGAAACCAUCUUCUGGAGACCACACCAAAGAGUGAGCACAAGACUGUGUUGAAGAGGCUGAAAGAGGAGCAGACCAGGAAGCUGGCUAUCCUGGCAGAGCAGUAUGAUCACAGUAUUAAUGAGAUGCUUUCCACACAAGCCCUGCGCUUGGAUGAAGCACAGGAGGCAGAGUGCCAGGUGCUGAAGAUGCAGCUACAGCAGGAACUGGAGCUGCUGAAUGCCUACCAGAGUAAGAUCAAGAUGCAAGCUGAAGCACAGCAUGAACGAGAGCUUCGGGACCUAGAGCAGCGAGUCUCCCUCCGCAGAGCCCUGCUAGAGCAAAAGAUUGAAGAAGAGAUGCUGACAUUGCAGAAUGAGCGUACAGAAAGAAUACGAAGUUUGCUGGAACGGCAGGCCAGGGAAAUAGAGGCCUUUGAUUCGGAGAGCAUGAGGCUAGGCUUCAGUAACAUGGUCCUGUCUAAUCUGUCUCCUGAAGCAUUUAGCCAUAGUUACCCUGGUGCUUCAAGCUGGUCGCAUAAUCCGUCUGGAAGCCAUGGAUCUCACUGGGGACAUGCCAUGGGUGGACCUCAACAAGCUUGGGGUCACCCUAUGCAAGGCGGGCCCCAACCUUGGGGUCAUUCCUCUGGGCCAAUACAGAUGGUGCCACGAAAUACUGGUGUGGGUGUACGUAACAGCCCCCAAGCACUGAGGCGGACAGCUUCUGGAAGUCAUCCUGAACAGGGCAUGAGCAGGAGCACAAGUGUCACAUCACAGAUUUCCAAUGGCUCUCAUAUGUCUUACACAUAAGCUGAAUAGUAUUGGGGUGGCAGUGCCAUUGGAUCUAUCUGCCUGCCGAGACUGCCAAUGAACAUUGUCACCACAGCCUCCCUGUUUGGUACUGCAGUGGGAAAGCUGAAUGCAAACAGUGCAGUUCCUCAUUAUGUGAAGCACUAAGUUACAUUCUGUGUGCACUAACUGGGAUGUCAGUCAGGAAUUGGUGCUUUUAAGCACACUGUGCAGAGGGAUGUAUAAUGCAGCUGUGCCUCAGCUUAUUGUAUCCUGCAGGGUACACAGGCUUAAACAUGAGCAGCACCCAUUUUCCAUGUUUCAGACUUCUAGCAGGUGAGGGAGCUCUUUCAUAUUAGGAAGGGAAGAGGCUAAGAAACAGCAUUUGUUUACAGUCCUGUUUCCACUGUUCCUUUUACAGAAGGAGCUGCAUUGAUGCAUUCUUUUACAGCCUGCUGUGUUUACAGGCUAUACCUAUCUGCACUGUCUUUACACGUGUACCUUGGGCAGGAGUACUCCUUGCAGGCUUUUACAGUAGACUUGAGCCGUUAGUGUUUUGUUAUGUGACUGUUAGUUUAGUUUUUUGGAGUGACCUGUAUAUUAGCAGCCUUAUUGUUAUCAGUGCCUGUUGGCCUUAAAUGAUCAUUUCAUGGCAAAGUUCCCCAACAGCUAGAGAAGUUUCAUGGUUGCUGUUUUUAAUUUGCUGUUAUAGCCUAAGGAGAAAGAUGGCAUCUGGAGCACAGAGUGAGUAGCUGCAAGAAAUGCUUAUAUGCCUUCCAAAUGUAUUAAUAUUGAAAAUUGUUGUAUAGCCAUGGGUACUGUGUUGCCUGACCAUGCUUAAGCCUGUGAUCUGAGGAUAUGUUUAUGUAUGUAUGUAUCACUUUCUGAUAUAUGUAUAUAUGUAUGUAUGUACACCAUUUUCUGAUAGAUCUAUAUACAUUAAUUUGCCCUCACUGCUCAAGGAGAGAAUACACAAAGGUGGUUUA